AUGACGUCCUCAGUGAUAGACAAUAACCUGAGAGUUGCCAGAGGAAAUAACCCUUUCCUCCCCAAGCUGAUUGUGGUCCUGGUGUUCAUCACAAGCCCUGCUUGUGGAAACCCACAGGAGACAGCUCAGGGCAGAAGAGUGGUCAUUUCUCACAGUAUUGACCGAGCUCUGAAAGAUGUGUUCGACUACAGCUAUAGAGACUACAUUCUCUCCUGGUACGGGAGCCUCAGCAGAGAUGAAGGACAGCUCUACCAUCUGCUCUUAGAAGACUUCUGGGAAAUUGCCAAGCAGAUUCGCCACAGGCUGAGUCACGUGGAUGUGGUUAAGGUUGUCUGUAAUGAUGUUGUGAAGGCUUUGCUCGCUCACUUCUGUGACCUGAAAGCUGCCAAUGCCAGACAUGAAGAACAGCCAAGGCCUUUCAUGUUGCAUGCAUGCUUGAAGGAUUCACGUGAUGAAGUAAGAUUCCUUCAAACGUGUUCUCGGGUUCUGGUGUUUUGUCUUCUCCCUGCAAAGGAUAUCCAGUCUCUCAGCUUACGUAUAAUGCUCGCAGAAAUUCUCACAGCAAAAGUCUUGAAGCCAGCAGUGGAAUUACUGAGUAAUCCUGACUACAUCAACCAGAUGCUGCUUGCCCAGUUGGAGCACAGAGAGCAGACGAACGAGCACCACAAGAGAGCCUACACAUACGCUCCUUCUUACGAGGAGUUCAUCAAGCUCAUCAACAGCAACUCUGACGUGGAGUUCCUGAAGCAGCUCAGGUAUCAAAUUGUAGUGGAAAUAAUCCAGGCAACUACAAUUAGCAGCUUCCCUCAGCUGAAGAGGCACAAGGGUAAGGAGUCAGCUGCCAUGAAAACUGAUCUCCUGAGGGCCAGGAACAUGAAAAGGUACAUUAACCAGCUGACUGUGGCAAAGAAGCAGUGUGAGAAGAGAAUCCGAGUCCUGGGAGGUCCUGCCUACGACCUGCAAGAGGAUGGGGCCUUGGAUGAAGGGGAAGGGCCUCAGAGCCAGAAGAUUAUUUCCAAGUUGAAGGAUGAAAUACUUCUGAUAGAGAAAGAAUGCACAGACCUCCAGCUGCACAUGGCAAGAACGGACUGGUGGUGUGAGAACCUGGGCCUGUGGAAAGCAACCAUCACCAGUGCAGAGGUGACAGAAGAGAAUGGCGAGCAAAUGCCUUGUUACUUUGUCAGGGUAAAUCUACAAGAAGUUGGAGGGGUUGAAACUAAGAACUGGACCGUCCCAAGAAGGCUCAGUGAGUUUCAGAAUUUACAUCGGAAACUUAGUGAGUGUGUCCCUUCUUUAAAAAAAGUCCAGUUGCCUUCUCUCAGUAAGCUGCCUUUCAAAUCCAUAGAUCACAAGUUUCUGGAAAAGUCAAAGAAUCAGUUGAAUAAGUUUUUACAGAACCUGCUCUCGGAUGACAGACUGUGUCAGAGCGAAGCACUUUAUGCCUUCUUGAGCCCUUCUCCUGACUACCUCAAGGUCAUUGACGUGCAGGGGAAAAAGAACUCCUUUUCCUUAUCUUCCUUUCUGGAGAAGCUUCCUCGAGACUUCUUCUCCCAUCAGGAGGAGGAGAUGGAAGAAGACAGCGACCUGUCAGAUUAUGGGGACGAUGUGGAUGGGAAGAAGGAGGCCUUGGCUGAGCCGUGCUUCAUGCUGAUCGGGGAGAUUUUUGAACUUCGAGGAAUGUUUAAAUGGGUGCGAAGAACAUUAAUUGCUCUCGUUCAGGUCACUUUUGGAAGAACCAUCAACAAACAAAUCCGGGAUACAGUGAACUGGAUAUUCAGUGAGCAAAUGUUGGUUUACUACAUCAAUACCUUCCGGGAUGCUUUUUGGCCCAACGGAGUAUUGGCGCCGCCAACUAGAAUCAGAAGCGAAGCACAAAGUCAGGAGACGAAACAAAGAGCACAGCAGAAACUGCUCGAGAACAUUCCAGAUACACUUCAGAGCCUUGUUGGACAGCAAAAUGCCCGCCAUGGUAUAAUAAAAAUAUUCAAGGCACUGCAAGAAACAAGAGCCAAUAAGCACCUGCUGUAUGUACUGAUGGAGCUGCUGCUGGCCGAGCUGUGUCCCGAGCUGCGAACACACUUGGAUCAAUUCAAAGCUGGUCAAGUCUGAGAUCGCACACACCAACCACCAGAGAAAUGUCUGUGUAAUAAUAGACAUGAAACAUUUUCCUCUUUUCCACAGAGGGCCCAACAAGAACCACACUGACUUUUAUUUUCGUGCCUCCCUCUAGUUUCAUGUGAAAGAAGCGGAAUUGGAGGGAGACAGACUGAUGCUGUGGUAGGCAGUAGAAAAGCAAACUGAUGCUUACUGGUUUUUACUGAAAUGAUGUAAAUACUCUAAAGCUCAAUUUGCUGAUUGAAAUACAAAUGUUAAUAUGUGAUAAGAACAUAGGAAAUAUUUUAAAUAUCUAUGAGAACAGUUUUGCUGUUAAAUGACAAACUCUGAAUAUUAUACAGUUAAUCUCCUUGCUGAGAACUCUGAACAUUCCUGUUUCUCGUGUAUUGAAGAAUAGCGCGAUGCUCGGUGUAAAGUGUUUGUGAAAAUUCUAUUGUCUUUAUUUUUACCAAAGAUUUCCCAUAGUUUGAAGCAUUUGAAGCAAUAAAAUUUAAAAAUGAAUCACAGUGCUGGAAGGCAUUGAGCUUGUGUCAGAGAAAGAGCAAUAGCGUGGACACUGGUGCGCCUACGGUGGAUUUGU